GCAUUGUUUCAGAUUUACCCUGAGAGAGUUCAAGGAUUUGAUUUUUCAAAUGUGUUUUUUAUUGAGAGAAGGAAAUCACUUUCACAAACACUUCCUCCGUGGCAUAAAGCAGUGGGUUUCAGCUUAGCCCACAGACUGGAAGCUGGAAGUACCUUACAGAAUGAGGAUUUGUGCAGUGAUUCAACUGGUCAUAAAAGGAAACUUUGUCAAAUAAGAGUCCAAAUGAAGUCCAGAGUAUCCUGGAUUGAAAGGACCUUCUGUAAAAGGGAAUGUAUGAAAGUAAUACCCAGCUCAAGAGAUCCACACAGAUGCGUUCCAGGAUGCCAGGUGUGCCAGAACCUAAUCAGGUGUUGCUGUGGCCGCCUUAUUGGAGACCACUCUGGAUUUGUUUUCAGCUCCCCAGUCUCCAUGUCUGCCCAGGCUAACGGGGAAGAGGAAUGGUCCACCGAAAAACACACCCAGACCAGCCCGACUGAUGCUUUUGGUACCAUUGACUUUCAAGAUGGGGCUCAUUCAUAUCGCGCUAAGUACAUCCGAGUUUCCUAUGAUACCAAGUUGGAUCUGCUAUUACAUCUUAUGGUAAAAGAAUGGCAAAUGGAACUGCCCAAGCUGGUGGUCUCAGUCCAUGGUGGCAAUCAGAACUUUGAGCUUUCACCAAAGUUAAAGCAGAUUUUUGGGAAAGGGUUGAUUAAAGCUGCUCAAACCACCGGAGCCUGGAUAGUGACAGAAGGCAUUAACAAAGGUAUAUCCAGACAUGUAGGUGAUGCACUGAAGGCCUAUGGGUCCCAGCAUUUACAGAAGAUCUGCACAAUAGGAAUCACCCCGUGGGGAGUGAUUGAAAACCAGAGUGACCUCAAAGGAAAAGAUGUAGUCUGUCCAUACCAGACAUUGGGCAAUCCUCUCAGCAAGCUGACCUGCCUCAAUAGCAUGCACUCCCAUUUCAUAUUGGUCGAUGAUGGAACAGUUGGAAAGUAUGGGAAUGAGAUUAAGUUGAGGAGGAAACUGGAAAAGUACAUUGGACUUCAAAAAAUACACUCAAGAAUGGGUCAAGGUGUUCCAGUGGUUGGCCUGGUAGUUGAAGGUGGCCCCAAUGUGAUCCUCUUGAUGUGGGAGUAUGUCAGGAACACUCCGCCUGUGCCUGUUGUGGUCUAUGAUGGGACAGGCAGGGCUGCUGACCUCCUGGCUUUUGCAUACAAACACACGGCUGAUGGCAGGCCACUUCAUCCAGAUGUUGAAGGAGAGAUAAUGCUUAUGAUCCAGAAGACUUUCAGCUUAGGACAGAAACAGUCAGAUCACCUGUUUAAAACUGUAAUGGAAUGUAUGGAGCAUAGGGAAUCAAUUACCGUUUUUGAUGCAGAAUCAGAAGAUCAGCAAGAUAUUGACGUGGCAAUACUUACAGCUCUGCUAAAAGGUACAAAUGCUUCAGCCUCUGAUCAGCUAAGCAUUACAUUAGCCUGGGACAGAGUGGACAUUGCAAAAAAACAUAUAUUGGUCUAUGGGCAGCACUUGAAGGUUGGAUCUCUGGAGCAGGCAUUGCUGGAUGCCCUGGUUAUGGACAGAGUGGACUUUGUCAAGCUGCUGAUAGAGAACGGGGUCAGCAUGCAUCGCUUCCUCACCAUCUCCAGACUGGAGGAGCUGUACAACACGCGACAAGGACCAACAAGCCAUUUGUUGCAUCAUCUUGUUCGAGAAGUAAAACAGGGUACAAGGGUGAUUGGUUGGACUGUGAUUGUGGACUGGACUGUGAUUGAAUAUUUGAUUGGGGGAGCAUACCGGAGCAGCUACGCACGCAAACAAUUCAGACUUCUCUACAACAGCCUCUACAGACAGAGAAAGAGAGUUGGUCCUCACAGUGUUAUAAGUUUUACGAGCAGCUUUAGUCACCUUUCAGUUCAUCGGAGCGGUCAACUCGGCAGCAAACUGAAAAAUGAAGAAAACACUCCGCAUUCUCAGUUCAUCAGAACAGCUCAACCAUACAAACGGAAGGAAAAGUUGGUUUCCCUACACAAGUCAAGAAAAAAGUCCAAGGAGGAGCUGAACUUUUCUGAGGAGCAUGAUGCUCCCGAGUUCACUUACCCCUACAAUGACCUGUUUGUGUGGGCAGUGCUUAUGAGGCGACAGAAGAUGGCUAUGUUCCUUUGGCAACAUGGGGAAGAGGCUAUGGCAAAGGCUGUGGUGGCAUGCAAGCUAUACAGGGCCAUGGCCCAUGAAGCAAAGCAGAGCAACAUGAUGGAUGAUAUCUCAGAGGAACUGAAGACCUACUCAAAAGAAUUUGGGCAGUUGGCUGUGGACCUUUUAGACAACACCUUCAGACAGAAUGAGCGGAUGGCCAUGAAGCUUCUGACCUAUGAGCUGAAGAACUGGAGUAACUCCACUUGCUUAAAGCUGGCGGUAUCCUCAGGACUGCGGUCCUUUGUCUCUCACACUUGCACCCAGAUGUUACUCACCGACAUGUGGAUGGGGCGCUUGAACAUGAGGAAAAACUCCUGGUUCAAGGUUAUCCUGAGUAUCAUGUUGCCUCCAACCAUUUUAAUGUUGGAGUUCAAAAGCAAGGCUGAAAUGUCCCACAUUCCUCAGUCCCAGGAGUUCCACCAGUUCAAUUGGCAUCAUGCGGAUCACGGGACCAACAAUGGCCAAGACGAGCAGCCAAUGAGAGAGUAUGAUCCUGAGAAGGGGCAAGAUAAAUAUGAAGAAAGCCCAGAAUUCUCAGUCAGUACAACACAAAGGGAACUUCUGUGGACAAGGAAGGUCUAUGAGUUCUACAACGCGCCCAUUGUCAAGUUCUGGUUCCAUACAAUAGCAUAUCUGGUAUUCCUGAUGUUGUUUACCUACACAGUCCUUGUGAAGAUGGAACCCCAGCCCACAAGCCUUGAGUGGGUGGUCAUUAUCUACAUUUUUACAACAGCAAUUGAGAAAGUCCGGGAGGUCUUUAUGUCUGAGCCAGGAAAAUUCAGUCUGAAGAUCAAAGUCUGGUUUAAUGAGUACUGGAACUUCACAGAUUCUUUAGCCAUUGUUCUGUUUGCAAUCGGGUUUGGUUUACGCUGGACAGAUAAGCCUGUGCAGACAGCAGGGAGGAUUAUUUACUGCCUGGACAUUAUUUUCUGGUAUUUGCGACUUCUGGACUUGUUUGCUGUGAACCAACAUGCAGGCCCAUAUCUGACAAUGAUUCGAAAGAUGACUGCAAAUAUGUUUUACAUAGUGAUAUUGAUGGCCAUUGUACUGCUUAGCUUUGGGGUAUCAAGAAAAGCUAUUCUUUCACCAGAUGAGUCCCCUUCAUGGAAGCUGGCUCGAGAUAUUGUAUUCCAGCCAUAUUGGAUGAUAUUUGGUGAAGUCUAUGCUGAUGAAAUUGAUGCCUGUGAAGAGGAUCCAGACUGCCCACCUGGAUCCUUUCUGACCCCAUUUCUGCAGGCGGUGUAUCUCUUUGUUCAGUACAUCAUACUGGUCAAUCUGCUUAUUGCUGUCUUCAACAAUGUGUACAAUGAUAUGAAAUUAAUCUCCAGCAAACUGUGGAAGUAUAACCGCUACCGUUACAUCAUGACCUAUCAUGAGAAGCCUUGGCUGCCACCGCCUUUGAUUAUCUUAAGUCAUAUAACUCUAUAUAUCAGCCACCUGUGUCGACAUCAAGCAAAUAACGAGCUUGACCAAGAAAAAGAUGAUGUUGGUUUAAAGCUGUACUUGAGCAAAGAGGAACUGAAGAAGCUGCAUGAUUUUGAAGAAAAGUGUGUGAUAAAGUACUUUUGUGAAAAGAAUGAAAAUCUCCAUUCAAGCCAUACUGAAAGAAUAAAAGUUACAACAGAAAGAGCUGAAGAGAUGUUCAUGCAGUUAAAAGAGGUCACUGAGAAAGUCUGCUUCAUCAAGGAGUCCUUGCAGUCUCUGGACAGUCAGCUAGGGCAUCUUCAGGACCUCUCUGCCCUGACUGUCGACACUCUGACAGUCAUGUCUGCAGUGGACAACUUGAAAGUGGAAGAAGCCUUCUUGGCCCACAAGAAGCAUGCCUCCUGUAGAAAGCUGCCUCACAGCUGGAGCAACCCAAAGCUGGUGGAUAACUCCAAUGAAGAAAUCACAAAGAAGUACAACUACUACAGCAGCCCACCCUCCCUGCUUCGAAACCUGGCACAGAGUCAGCAGCCUUCAGAGUGCUAUGAUCCGGAAGAUAAAGAGGAGGAGGUACUGGAGUCUCAAACAGCCAUAAAGCUCAACUGCCAUCAGCUGGGAAUGGAAAAAGAGAUGGAUACUUCCAAGGUGUUGUCUGAACCUCAGUCUACUAAGAAGUGUGGUCAAUUCCUGCUGGUGCCAUCCCAUGCAGUCUGCAUGAAUGUGUCAUUCCCAUACACACCUACCAGAUAUGGUACCCAGGCCGAGAAAAGCAUUUGCAGCACACCUGCCCAGCUCUUCUUUCAGAAAUCAUCCACUUCUGUCAAAGACACAGUAGACUAUCAUGGGAAAAGCUGGGACUCCAUGGUUCAGCUGCAACGGGACAAGUAUAACCAUGGGACUGACAAGCAACUGCUUAGUCCUCAGUCUUCCACCCAGGUCAGUCAUAUGUCCCUGCUGUCAGAGAGUCACAGUGAAGGAUGUUCUGCUGGGUACGUCAACUUGGCUUUCAGUGAGGGCAAUGAACCUGGAAUAUGCAACCAGGUUCAAAGAAGGGAGGGGAGGAUGUGCAUUCAUUCAGAGUACAAUACAGACUGUAACUGCACCUGCAGCAAAUUUAGAAAAGUCCAGAUCAAGGAGUCAGAUUCUUUCUCCUACAACUGGGACCGCUGCGGAAACAGCACUGAGAGUUUAGAGUCUGAGCCCAAGCGAUGGCGAAGCUCUGCCCUGUUCUUAAUCAACCCCUUGAGAAGGAACAGCUGGGCGUGCUGCAGAAGCAGCAGUGUCAGGUCACUAAGAGAAGAAAAGUUGAGUAGAACAAGCAAAAUUAAAGAUUUUGCAAAAUCAUCAGAACUCUACCAAACUGUGAGGUUCAAAAGAAAACCGCAGAGUCAUUCCGAAAAGUCUACAAAGCAACAGAAGAAAACUGCAGAGCUAUACGUACCAGAAACAACUUUUAAUGGAUGUUCUCAAGUGAGCUCUGAGAGUACACCAAUGACCAGCCAGAGUUGCUGUGAGGAGUUCAACAGGAACUGGUUUACUAUAUCCAGCUUCAAACAACUAAGUUUAGAACACAUUAGUUUACUACACCAGAAGCUUCAGAAUCAAGAAAAUAAUUUGAUCUCACUGCCGUCCUGUGAAUUUGAGCAGACUGAUGGUACUGGAUGGUACAGCAGGAAAAACAAUCUUAGCAGGAAAUCCUCGGAACAAAGUACAAGUGGGAUUGAAGGAAUAAAUGCCUCUUCUCAAGACCUGAACCAUCACUAUUCAGCUGUUGAAAGAAACAACUUGAUGAGACUUUCACAAACUAUACCAUUUACUCCAAUUCAUCUUUUUGCUGGAGAGGAGGUGACUAUUUACAGACUAGAGGAGAGCUCACCCACCACUCUGGACAAGAGCAUGUCCUCCUGGUCCCAGCACGGCCUUGCUGCUAUAAUCCAGCCCCUGUCUCGCGAGGAGAUGGGCGGCGGCCUUCGGAGAGCCAUGAAGGCGGCCUGCACCUGGUCUGAGGGAGAUGUGCUCAAGCCAGGGGAAGUUUACAUCGUCAAAUCCUUUCUGCCAGAGGUGGUCAAGACGUGGCAGAAGAUAUUCAAGGAAGGGACUGUGCUUCAACUAUGCCUGAGGGAAAUCCAGCAGCAACGUGCCGCUCAGAAACUCAUCUACACAUUCAACCAAGUGAAGCCCCAUACCAUCUCUUACACCCCCAGAUUUCUGGAAGUGUACCUGCUCUACUGCCACUCUGCUGAUGAGUGGCUGACCAUAGAAAAGAACAUGAAUGGGGAGUUUAGGAAAUACAACAACAACAACGGAGAAGAGAUCACCCCUGUUAAUUUGCUAGAAGAAACAAUGCUGGCUUUCUCCCACUGGACAUACGAAUAUACUAGAGGAGAACUGUUGGUUCUUGAUCUACAAGGUGUUGGUGAAAAUCUUACAGAUCCUUCAGUCAUCAAACCAGAAAACAAAGAGUCCCGAGAUGUGCCAUUUGGACCUGCUAACCUAGGAGAAGAUGCCAUUAAAAAUUUCACUGAAAAACAUCAGUGCAACUCCUGUUGUAAAAAGCUUAAACUUUCAGACUUGAGAAGAAAUGAUUAUACACCUGGAAGAAUUAACCCUGCUUUUGAAGACAUUUCAUCUGAAAUCAGCACCAGACUGUGAUUGUAAAAAUUAUGCACAAUAGACUCAGGGCCACAUUGUAAACCUCUUUUAAAGUUUAGCUAAUGCUUACCUAUGCUUUGCCAUGCUUUUGCUACAAUUACAAUGUUUUGU